AUGCCACUGCCAGGCCCUUUGAUGCAGACGGUCACGGUGGACCCGCGCCAGCUGCUUCGGGAGCUGAGCGAGAGUCAGGUGAGGGAGGCCCGGCUGGAGGAGCAGCUGAAGUUCGCCGAGGAGAGGCAACAGGAGCACGCAGCCAAGGAGCUGGUCCUGCAACAGCAGCUGACGGAUGAGAAGGUCCAGCGGGCGAGCGCAGAGGCUCAGGCCGGGGUGCUGCGCGAGCUCUGGCAGCAGGAGCGGCAGCAGGAGCGGCCGGCCCUCCCGGCACCGGAGGCCCCAGCGAAGCCGGCAAUCAUGGCCAUCCAAGACGCGGUGUCCAUGAAGGAGGAGGAGGACGUCGAGGAGAAGGCCGGGAUCUGGCGCGCGACGAUACUGCCGGGCUCCCGAUUCAUGGACAUGUUCGAGUUGUUCUACGGCUACACAGACAAAUGGAAGCACUUCUCCUCGACCAACUUCGUCACGCAUCAGCUCGGGGAGGAGGACCAGCGCCUCUUCGAGGCGGCCAAGGCGCGCUUCGAAGCCGUGGAGAAGCAGGAGUUAACCACGGCUGAGCUCUGGGAGUUCAUGCCUAGAAAGUCUACUGAGUGGCUGCCCUUGUUCAAGUCCGUGGAGGAGUACGAGGAGGCCAUCGGGAGACUCUAG